AUUAAAUUAAAGGGAGUAUAAUAUGCUAACAUAGAAUCAUUUUGAACAUUUUACAAGGUUAAUCCAGUAAAUCAACCAGCUAGUCCAGCCUAAAAUUUCAGUAACGCCUCAAAAAUCUCGCCACUCCAGUUUGCCACCCAAAAACCCGAAUGGCUCAAGCACACCGGCGGCAAAACGGAACCCCUGUAAACCCUAGCCCUCCGGUACCGGGAUUAUCUUCGUCUCAAACUGCAGCAGCUAGGCCGUCGGUGGUCAAAGAUGAGCAUCGUUCGAACAGAUUGAAGCGUGCUCGAGAAGAUGACAGCGAAACUGAGGAAGACGGGACAUCAGGCGGCGAUGUCCCGGCACCAAAGCGGCGCGGUAAUGUCAACCAAGACGUUCUUUAUCGUAUCGUGGUGCCUUCGAGGCAGAUUGGGAAAGUUAUUGGGAGGGUAGGACAUCGAAUUCAGAAGAUUCGUGAAGAGACCCAAGCUACCAUUAAAAUAGCUGAUGCCAUUGCCCGACAUGAAGAAAGGGUGAUUAUCAUAAGCUCCAAAGACAGUGAAAAUGAUUUAUGUAAUGCCGAGUUGGCUCUUCAUCAUGUUGUCAGUUUGAUUCUCAAGGAUGAUGGGGUUGAAGUUGAGACUCCGAAACUAGCUGUUGAACAUGUGGCUGCAAAUACAAUUAGGCUUUUAAUUGCUGGAUCCCAAGCUGGUAGUUUGAUUGGCUUGAAUGGUCAAAAUAUUGAGAAUUUGAGGACUUCCUCUGGUGCUUCAAUCUCAGUUCUUUCCCAAACCCAGCUACCUCUGUGUGCGUCAGCGCAUGAAUCUGAUCGCGUGGUGCAGAUUUCCGGAGAUAUUGACUCUGUUCAGAAGGCUGUGAUGGAGAUUGGCUGCCAUCUGAGGGAUAACCCUCCUAAUCAAGUUAUUUCUAUCAAUCUGCCACAUAAACAUGGUUUUAGUCGACAACCCCAUCAAUAUGUUGAUCCAACCUCAGCUGAAUAUGUAAAUCUGGAGAUUAUGGUCCCUGAGUCAAUGGUUGGCGGCUUAAUUGGGCGGUGUGGCUCCAACAUAUCAAGAAUCAGAACAGAGUCAGGAGCAACAAUCAAGGUAUGCAUCAACUAUUAUCCCCCACUUCUAAAGGGUUGAACUUUUCUUUUGGUUGUAUGUGGACCUGCUACUGGCUUCUCAUUCUUGCUGCGCAGUAUCUUGUACUCAAGUUCUAUUUUAGGUUAUUAUGCUGCCAAAAAGUAUUAUUCCACUUCGCUUUGGCAGGUUUAUGGUGGGAAGGGUGAACAAACGCAAAGACAAAUUCAUUUAGGCGGUAGUGCACAGCAGGUGAAUGUUGGUAUCUUUCAGCUAAAAUUGCUUUUAUUGCAGCAUGAAGAUAAAACCCCUGUUAUUCCGUCAUAACUUUGCAGAAUAAUCUUUCUUUGGGCAUCUAUGAUUCAGAUUGUAAAAUUGCUUUGAGAGGAUGCUACUACUUCAGAUUGUAAAACUUAUAGAGAAUGCUACUUUUAGUUGCGUGGUGAAUCCCUUUUUGCAUAUUGAGGAACCUUAACUUAGGACUGCAAAGCUGAAUUUGUUCUUUUUCAGCAUAUCAUGGAAUAUGUUGGUUUUUGUUCUGGAUGAAUACCUUAAAGUCUGUCUUGUGGAUGUUCAUUGCUUUUGUGAUGUUUAAGUCUGAGCUGUGUAAGUACCUAACGCUAAUCUCCACUUACAGGUUGCCCUUGCCAAGCAAAGGAUUGAUGAAUAUGUAUAUUCCCAGAUGAUGCAGCAAUCCGGUGUUCAGCAGUCGCUGUAAUACUAAUCUAAAACUCAUAAUUUCAACUUAUGUGAUUAUGGUGGCUUUUUGUGACUUUAAUAUACUGCGAGUAACUAUUUUUUUGUGGCCAAUGCAGGCCUGCUGUUUCAGGUACUCUGUUCCAAGCAAAUAGCUAUCUCCAAGCAAACUCUUUGUUGCAAGGUUAUGGACACAACGGUGGAGUAUAUAUGAACAGGUUGAAUCUCUAAACUGAAAUGUUGCUUAGAAUAAUUUAUCCUGCGAGUAUGCAUGGAGCCCUCGCCCUUUCUGUUAGCUUGUUGACGUUUGAUGCUGUUCAUACACUUGUCAAACGCCUGAUAUGUGCAUUUAGUGUGUGCAUUCAGGAUUUUGCAUUAAAUUGUAUGCUUUAAAAAUCAAUCAAACUCGACCGUAAAAUCCUUGGUUCGGCAGUAGUCCUCAAAUCUAAAGUGCUUUCUUGUACUACUAUUGUUUUCUAAGAUAGCUAUUUGUAACUUCUGGAGUUGGAAGGAAAAAGACUGCGUAAUGUUUUCAUUUAACUCUUGCAAGUUUCACAGUUGUGGAUAGUGUGUUUUGGUAAAUAUUCACUUGUUCUACGCAGAUUAUCUUUAGGUUUUUAUUUUAAUGGACUUCUGUAAAUUUGCAGUGACCAUGGGACAAGUGUAAUGCCAGUUAAUCCUGCAGUGUAUUCAACAACAGCAGCAAAUCAAGCUGCAGUUUAUUAUGGGCAGUCAUAUCAUGCUCCACCAUUAUAAGUUUGGCAGUGGUAAACCUCUGGUUUCAACCAGAUGAUUGGUAUACAAGUCACGGCAGUUUUAUUUUGAACUGCUUUUACUCACAUUGUAACAAUGUAAUUCUAUGUUGUCUGUAGCCUUUCUUGGUAGGAAUUUUUUUCCAACCCCGGCCAGUUUGACCGUAAUUUGUGCUGUAUCCUGAAACUGAAAUUUUUGAGGGAAAGAUGAAAGGGGUUGGCAUUUGUUUUUUUUCCCCUCCUCUUUUUCCUUGUCAGAAAAGUAAAGUUGUCUAACGCUGUGUAAAUAACGAUUGUACUCAAUGAAAUGGCUUUAUACUCUCUUCUUUUC